CAAAGCCAGCGUCUUCAACCCCCUCUCCUUUACUCGGACUCUGCUGUCUGUACUGAUCAAAUUCGAAACCUACGUCGAUCGGAAUCAGAUUUUCGCCGGUCCGUCAGCUAUCCAUUCUGCAACUUUUUUCGAAUCAGUCUUCGACUGGUUUCGGUGGCGAUUGACGGUUUGGACUGGUUUUCUUCAAUGAUUCAAAGCAAAGCAAGGGUUUAUUCUCAGCGAUCUGUCCAUGGAUAAGUGAAUAAGUCCUUGUGUGUGAGUUUCAAGUUUCAAUUUAGGGCCGUCUCGGAUAAUUUAUGGUGUUUUUGGAGACCAAAAUAGCUACAAGCUUGGAAUCCAGGGUUCUUUUGCUUUAAAUUUUGGCCAUCUUGGUAGAAUGGAUUUCCAGUGACAAAAUACCGCCAUGGAUAUUGAUCUUGAGCUGCCUGCAGGCCAGAAGGACAAACCAGAUGCUAGACUGGAUACAGAGGUUGGCGAUGAUACAAAUGGACUACAGUUGGAGGAAGAGGAAGCAAAUUAUCCUAAACUUUGUGGCAAUGAUGAGGAAAACCUGGGACUAAAUAUAGGUGAAAACAUCAGUACAAGCAGGGAGGGAGUUGAUGAAGUUGCUCUUGGCUUGGAUUCUUCUGACAAGGAGCUCAAGAGUUAUGAGCCCCAAAAUAGUUUGGAGUUCGACUCAAAGGAGGCUGCAUAUUCUUUUUACAGAGAAUAUGCUAGGGCUGUGGGAUUUGGCAUUACAAUAAAAGCAAGUCGCCGGUCGAAAAAAUCUGGAAACUUCAUUGAUGUAAAAAUAGCCUGUUCUAGAUAUGGUAGUAAGCGUGAGUCCAGUAUGAUAGCUAAUUCACGAUCAUGUCCCAAGACUGAUUGCAAAGCAAGUAUGCAUAUGAAGAGACGACAGGAUGGGAAAUGGUUUAUAUAUAGUUUUGUAAAGGAGCAUAACCAUGAAAUUUGUCCUUCUGACUUUCAUUAUGCUCUCAGGGGAAGGAGUAAGCAGUCCGGUAAUGUUGCUUGUCAAAAGAAAGGACUGCAGUUGGCUUUAGAUGAGGUGGAUGUACAAGUGUUGUUAGAGUAUUUUAUACUUAUGCAAGAUGAUAAUAUUAAUUUUUAUUAUGCCAUAGAUUUGGACCAUGAAAAUCGUAUGAGAAAUGUGUUUUGGAUUGAUGCCAAGAGCAGAAAUGACUACAACAGUUUUUGUGAUGUAGUCUUCUUUGAUAGCAGCUAUAUUAGGAGCAGAUACAAAGUGCCCUUUCUUCCUAUUGUUGGAGUGAACAAUCACUUUCAGUUAAUUUUGCUUGGAUGUGCAUUAAUUGGGGAGGAAACAGCAUCAACUUUUGUUUGGUUAAUGCGCACUUGGCUUAGAGCAGUGGGUGGUCAAACUCCUAAAGUUAUAAUUACUGAUGAAGGUAAAUCGCUGGAAGAAGCUAUUAAAGAGGUGCUUCCUGAUGCACGCCAUUGUUUUUGCUUGUGGCAUGUGCUAAGAAACAUUCCAGAAAAUCUUGGUCAUAAAGUGAAUAGCUUUGAAAAUUUUAUGAUGAAAUUUAACAAAUGCAUACGCCAGUAUUGGAAAAUUGAAGAGUUUGAAAAGAAAUGGUGGAAAAUGGUCGACAAAUUUGAGCUUAGAGAAAAUGAAUGGCUUCAAUCACUUUAUGAAAAUCGUAAAAAGUGGAUUCCUGCUUACAUGCAUGAUACUUUUCUGGCUGGAAUUUGUACAGCUGAGCGAUCUGAGUGCAUAUCCUCUUUGUUUGAUAAAUACAUACACAGGGAGAUGACGUGUAAGGAAUUUAUCAACAAGUACAAAGAAUUUUUGUAUGAUAGGUGUGAAGCAGAAGCAAAAGCUGAUUUUGAAAUACAUCACGAUUCGCCCACUUUAAGGUCUCAUUCUCCUUUUGAGAAACAGAUGUCAACAGUUUUUACAAUUGCAAUUUUCAAGAAAUUUCAGGUUGAGGUUUUGGGGACAGUUGCUUGUAGUAUGCAAAAAGAAUGUGAAGAUGAGGCAGCUGUAAGAUUUCGGGUUUAUGAUUUGGAAGAGCAGGAGAAUUUCCUUGUAGUAUGGAGUGAAGCAAACUUGCGUGUCUCUUGUUCCUGCCAUUCAUUUGAGUAUAAAGGCUUCCUUUGUAGACAUGCAAUGAAGGUUCUCCAAAUAUCUGGUGUCUCCAGCAUCCCAACUCACUAUAUACCAAGACGGUGGACAAAAGUUGCAAAGAUCAGGCUACUGAAUAGUGAACUUUCAAGAAAAUUUCCUUACAGGGUCCAACGUUUUAAUGAUCUUUGUAAAAGAGCCAUUGAAUUGGGUGAAAAGGGGUCCUUUACCCAGGAAACCUAUAAUAUUGUCAUUAAUGCACUGCAAGAAGCCAUGAAACAUUGUGUUAGUGCAAACAAUUCUGUGAGAUCUGUUUUAGAGCCAAAUUCAUUUGCUACUCAUGGUUCCCUUAGCAUUGAAGAAGAGAAUCAAAGCAACAAUUUGGCCAAAGCAUCUAAGAAAAAGAAGUUACAUAAGAAGAAAAAGGUACAAUCUGAGACUGAAGUAAUAACUAGUGGGAUGCAAGACAGCACCCGGAAGAUGGGGCAAUUGAACUCUGGAGCACACUGCCUUGAUAACACGUUUGUUCCUCAACAGGACAUUCUAGGGAUGGAAGUGGGCCUUAGAACACCAACUGUGGAUGACUACUAUAGUGCUCAACAGAGUGUACAAGGAGUAGUGCGGGGUCCAUUUAACUCAUUAUCUUCAAGUCCCGAUGGCUAUUAUAGCAGCCAACAGGGGAUGCAGGGGAUGGGACAAUUGAAUUCAAUCCCAUUGCGCCUUGGUCAUUACGGUUCUCAGCAAAGCCUGCAAGGACUGUUGCAUGAACAACUUGGUCUUAGAGCAGCAGCUAUGCAUGGGUGUUUCGGCAUUCAUGACAGCUUGCAGAAUAUGGAACAGCCAGUGGGUUCCAGACAGUUCCACAAUGUUGCAGCCAAACAUUUGCAUGACAAGCAUCCCCCUAGCUAGUUACACUGGGUUGCCUUCUUCCUGAUGAAAGACAUCAGACGUUUUCAACAAAACAUAUGAGUUGAUACAGCUCUGCUGCUUUUUUUUUCCCUAAGCAGUCCCCUUAUUUAGUAUCGAAGUACAGGACUCUCGCUCUCUCUCGUGUGUGCAACUGUGCCAUUGAAUAAUAAGCUGUGGAAUACUGAAUAAUCCUUUGCCUCUACUCAUUAGGAAAGAAGAAACUUAUCUCAAGGGCUUUAGUUCUAAAGAUGACAUUCUCCACAUCAUUCUGGUAAUACCUUCCAUAAAAAAGUAUAAUUUCUUUAAAAAGGAUGUCAUAUAGUGUAAGACAAGAUGUAUUCCUCAUUUUGCAUUGUGGUUUGAUUGGUUUGUCACACAACUUUAAGCAUCAUUGAUGCAGCACUGUCUAAAAUUAGACAAAUUACAAACCACUUAUCCUAUGCAUGGAAUUAGGACCUGGGGAAAGAAAAAUAAAUAUUUGUAAAUAUGUAUGAAUUUGUGUAUAUAUGUGUCACUAAUUUUAUUUUUAUUCUUUACUUCUUUUCAUUGAAAGAUCCUUGUACCAUAUUUCAACUCUUCGUUACCCUAAACCCUACUCUCUCUCUCUCGCGCGCGUGCGCCAUCAUCGGAAAUGUCUGUGGCCUGCCCUCUGGUGAUGAUCCAUUCCAUGUAACAUUGCCACUGAUGGUGCAACAACUACUGUAGUGUUGCCAGCUAUCAUGAAGUUUCCCAUCAGCCCCAAGAUUCACUAAGACCAACAAUGACAUGGCAUUCAACCGCUGUCAUCCUUAUGCUGUGUACCAGGAGGCUGACCACCAGACAACCGUGGCAUCCUGGGGCACUGGACUAUGGCAGUGGCUUGUAAUCCCUGUGAUUCUGGCAGCGGUCCUUUGUCAACUUCUACUGUGGCAGCCAUAUGUUGGUGCCGACCAAGAAGAAGUUUUGUGCUGUCUUUUUGACAAUUACUGCCUCUGCUGUUCCCUAUCUCAUUCUUGCACACAGUCACCAAAUUGAGUCUGUUCCUGAGAUACCCUUCUAUGUUGGUGACUUUGUUGAUGGGAUUGAGAAAGCCCUUUUGGCGAUCAAAGCUCUUGAGUAGAUUAGUGCCUAUUUGGACACAGAAAAGGAGAAAAACGGUGCUCCAUUCGUCCCAGGAAGAGCAACAUCUGAAUCUGUAGCUAUAUUUUUGCUGAGAAGGCCCUCUUAUUGUAUGUGGCACCAAGGGGAAUGAAGUUUGUCGAAGCGUUUUGGAACAUCCUGGGGUUGAGAUUGCCUAUAUGGAAUGCCUUAAAUCUUCUCAAGCUCACACCCAAUGGCCUUUUUGAGUGGUUCACCAUUUGGGCUAAAUCAGCUUGAGAAGUUGGAUUCAAUCUAGGGAUGGUCCGAAAGUCUGAGCCUUGGAGAAGAAGGGGCACUAUGUAAGGGCGAAGGUAGGCAAUGCGGGACCUGGCCAGGAUUAUAAGCUCUGAUGAGACACAGCCAGUGGUGCAACUGAUUAAGGAGAUAAAGAGGGCACCAAGGAAGAACUUGAAUGCAUUACUCAAGCUCAAUCUUUGUGCCAAAGCUGCAAGAAAUAAGAACUCUGCGAACGAGAAGCUUGAUAAGAAGAGGAACCAAAUCUCUAAGGUAAACUCACUGACAUCAUAGUUCAAAAUUUGUAUCUAAUACAUGACAUCUUAGUCUCAAUCAUUUUUUCAUGCCUGACAGAUGACUUUUAUCUGGAUUAAUCGUUGGAUUUAUUUUGUUGAGUUAUUUCCUUACUGAAGUCUAAGAAUGUGAAGCAUCUCCUGUCUUUUCUCCAACUUUCAGGGUAAAUAAUUGUCUGCCACAGUAAUGUUACUACUAAACUAAUUCCUGGUUAAGCAAUUUUACCUAAAGCUAGUGUAUUUCAUC